UCUGCGGGCGGGACGGGGCCGGCGGCGCGGUGCUGUGGGCGCGGCGCUCGGGCGGCAGCAUGCGGGUGGCGGUGGCGGGCUGCUGCCACGGCGAGCUCGACAAGCUCUACGAGACGCUGGCGCUGGCGGAGCGGCGCGGCUCGGGCCCGAUCGACCUGCUGCUGUGCUGCGGCGACUUCCAGGCGGUGCGCAACGAGGCCGACCUGCGCUGCAUGGCCGUGCCGCCCAAGUACCGCCACAUGCAGAGCUUCCACCGGUAUUAUUCGGGAGAGAAAAAGGCCCCCGUUCUCACGAUCUUUAUAGGAGGAAACCAUGAGGCCUCAAAUCAUUUGCAAGAGUUACCUUAUGGAGGCUGGGUAGCACCGAACAUUUAUUAUUUAGGUUUGGCUGGCGUGGUAAAAUAUCGAGGUAUAAGAAUUGGCGGACUUUCUGGUAUUUUUAAAUCUCAUGACUAUCGAAAAGGUCAUUUUGAGUGUCCACCAUAUAAUUCAGCUUCAAUAAGGAGUAUAUAUCAUGUGAGAAAUAUAGAAGUCUAUAAAUUAAAACAGCUGAAGCAGCCAAUGGAUAUAUUCUUAUCACAUGAUUGGCCCAGACAUAUAUAUCAUUAUGGAAAUAAGAAGCAACUUCUUAAGACGAAAUCUUUUUUCCGACAAGAAGUAGAAAAUAGCACAUUAGGAAGUCCAGCUGCUUCCGAACUGUUAGAGCACUUCAAGCCAACGUACUGGUUUUCUGCACACCUGCAUGUGAAGUUUGCAGCCUUAAUGCAGCAUCAGGUCAAGGAUAACGAACAGACAUCCAAAUCAACAAAAUUUUUAGCCUUGGACAAAUGCUUGCCACACAGAGACUUCCUUCAGGUAAUAGAAAUAGAACAUGAACCUGGGGCUCCUGAUGAUCUGGAGUAUGAUGUUGAAUGGCUCUCUGUUCUCAGGGCUACUAAUGAUCUCAGUAACGUGACUGAGCGUCUGUGGAAUAUGCCGGAGAAUAAUGGUUUGCAUACCAGGUGGGAUUAUAGUGCAACAGAAGAAACAAUGAAGGAAGUCCUGGAAAAACUGAAUCAUAACCUCAAAGUUCCAUCUAACUUCUGCAUGACGGCUCCUUGUUAUGAGCCUGGUAAGCCCCAGACACAGGUGCAGUUGGUACAUAGAAUUAGUCCUCAGACUACUGAGUUUUGUGCUCGGCUUGGCAUCACAGACAUCAAUGUCAGACUUCAGAAUGCCAAAGAAGAACAGUUUUGUAGUGACUUUGCGGAACAGGGCGAUGCGGAGAGUGAGUCAGGUGAGGAGCCCAGUGAAUACAAUACAGACACGUCUGCUCUGUCCUCAUUUAAUCCGGAUGAAAUAAUGUUAGAUGAAGAGGAAGAAGAUGAAGAAAGCAUUGUGAGUAUGCACAGUGACAUGAAUACCCCAUCUGUAGAACCUUCUUCUGAUCCUACAUCUGACUUUUCUGCAAGCUUCUCUGAUAUCAGAAGCUUGCCAGGUUCCAUGAUUGUGUCCUCUGAUGACACAUCGGAUUCCCCAGUUGACAGAGAAGGGAAGUCUGAUAAGGCUCUGGAGUUGGGAGAUGGAAAGGACUUGACCCAAGUACCACCAAAGAGGCUGAGUGAUGAACAUGAACCUGAACAGAGAAAGAAAAUUAAGAGGCGCAAUCAAGCUAUUUAUGCUGCACUGGAAGAUGAGGACACAGCAUGAGGGACCAGGCCUAAUUUGGGAUCCUUUGUAGAUGUGUGGUUUUUGUAUUUGUAGAGCUGUAUUUUUGACUCAAGACUUAACUCUAUAAUAAUGAAUUCAUUUGAGAAAUCUUAGGUAUUAACUGUUUUUAGAACUUUGUAUGCUUUGAAGGGAGUAUUAAAAUUAAAAUGAUUUACUUAAUUGGGUAUCUUUGCAUUGAAGAUGUGUGUUCAUUUUUUUCAGCAAGCAUUGAACACCAACUUUGUGCCAGGAACUCUUUCAUAAGAUCGCACUUGCUUGGAGAGGAGAAAGAUGGGGAUUGUUGCCUUCGAGUAGUUACUACCACUGGAAAUAGUUGGUGUAUAAUAAAAUAUGGCAUUUUUAUUUUU